AUGGCCAUUCCCACAAUUCUUAGAAUUCUUUUUUGGGGAAUGGUAUUUUUUAUGGAACACAGGGUCCAAAUAGCAAAGGCAGGGUGGCCCUCCAUCACCGUCCUGGCUGACGACCUCUCGUUGCCCUUGAAUCUGGAUCUGGCAAAAGAAGCCCCUGGCAAGGAGAUGAAGCCACGGCCCCAAGGAUAUCCCUUGAGGUAUAUGCUGAAGUUAUACCAGCGCUCGGCUGACCUGCAUGGGCAUCCUAGGGAGAACCGCACAAUUGGAGCUAAAAUGGUGAGGCUGCUAAAGCCCUCAGCCAAUGCAGUAAGGCCUCUAAGAGGUCCCUGGCAUGUACAGACCCUGGACUUUCCUCUGGCAUCAAACCAGGUAGCAUACGAACUAAUCCGAGCCACCGUGGUUUAUCGCCAUCAGCUUCAUCUAGUUCAUUACCAUCUCUCCUGCCAUGUGGAGCCGUGGGUCCCCAAAUGCCUGACCAAACCCUUUCCUUCUUCUGAAACGGGUUCCUUCAAGCCGCCUCUCAUGUCUAAAGCCUGGACAGAGAUGGACAUUACACACUGUGUUCAGCAGAGACUCUGGAAUCGCAAGGGACGGAGAGUCCUUCGCCUCCGCUUCAUGUGUGAGCAGCAAAAAGGCAGCGAGGUUCUUGAGUUCCAGUGGCAUGGCAUGGCGUCCUUGGAUGUCGCCUUCUUGCUACUCUAUUUCAAUGACACCAACAAGGGCAUUCAGGCUAAACUCGAACAAGGCCAAGAGGAGUUAACUGAUAGGGAAUCUUCUCUCAUGCGGAGUGCCCGGCAAGCAUGCAGCAUUGCAUCUGAUGUCCCUUGUCAGACUCAGGAACAUGACGGGUCUGUAAAUAACCAAUGUUCCCUCCACCCUUACAAGGUCAGCUUCCGUCAACUAGGCUGGGAUCACUGGAUCAUUGCUCCCCGUCUGUACACUCCAAAUUACUGUAAAGGAAUCUGCAGUCGUGUGCUACCCUAUGGCCUUAAUUCACCCAACCAUGCCAUCAUUCAGAGCCUUGUGAAUGAACUAGUGAAUCACAGUGUACCUCAGCCUUCCUGUGUCCCUUAUAAGUUUCUUCCCAUGAGUAUCCUUCUGGUUGAGGCAAAUGGGAGUAUCUUGUACAAGGAAUAUGAGGGUAUGAUUGCCCAGUCCUGUACAUGUAGAUAG